AUGUUAACAAACAGCCACUAUUUGUCUAGAAACGAAUACGAUCGAGGUGUAUCAACGUUUUCUCCAGAAGGACGAUUGUACCAAGUCGAAUAUGCUUUGAACGCUGUCAAUGUAAGUGAAUGAUCGAUUAUUUUUUAGCACGGGUCUACCAUCAUCGGUAUUAAAACCAAGGAAGGAAUAGUGUUAGCUAGUGAAAAAGCCAUCAAAGACAAACUAAUGGAAGACACUGCAGAUUUGAAAAAAAUCAGCAAAAUAGACGAACAUGUAGCGUGUGCCAUUAGCGGUAUUAUCGCUGACUCGCAUGUUUUGAUUCACCACGCCCGUUUCCAAGCCAAGAACCACUGGUUCUCUUUCAACGAACUUAUGCCCAUUAAAAGCAUUGUUAACUGCAUUUCCGACUUGUCUCUUCAGUUCAGCGGAAUUCGAACUGAAGAAAAACAAAUGUCAAGACCGUUUGGAGUUUCAAUGCUCGUCGGCGGCGUCACGGACAGAGAAGGCCCAGUUUUGGUUUCCACUGAUCCAAGCGGCACUAUUAGAAGCUGGAACGCUGCUGCUUUUGGCGCCGGCCACGAAUGUGCCACGAACGAGUUGGAAAAACAAUACAAAGCCGAAAUGACGCUCAAGGAUGCAUGUCUACUAGCAUUGCAAAUUCUGCGACAGGUCAUGGAACACAAAAUUGCAGACUCCUCUGUUCAUCUGUGCAUCAUUCCUACUAGCACCAAACAAGUUACUUUCAUCGAAGACCUUGUACAAGAUACCAAAGAAAUUGAAGAGUUUAAGAAAAACAAGCAGUGUAAACCAUUUACCUGGUUUUUAACUAAUAUCGUUCAAGCCGAUGAUAUGGACACAGUUUUUACCGAUUUAGUUGUGCACAAUAUUCAGCCAAAAGAUCUUAUUGGUAGUGUUGAAAUCCGCUCAGCCGGAGAUUGUUUAGAUACUAUGAGUAGUGCAAGAGAAGACAGUCAAUCGUUUGCUUAUGAUCUACUAGAUUACGUUGUAUCGGUUACAAAAUCACGUUUAAACGAAUCACCGAAUUUUUCUACAAAAAUAUUAAAACUAGAAAACGAUAAUACCCAAAAUCAAUUUAAUAUUUGUUAUAAAUUACCAGAAUAUGCUAUUAAUGACGUACUUAGAAAUUAUUUUAUAACGACUACAGAUAAAGCAUAUUCAAUUUAUAAAAAUAGAAUUGAUACAUCUGAAUCCCAAUAUUCGGAUUCAGGAAAAAGUUAUAAUGAAACGUUUGGAACUGAUGAAUAUGUAAAUAAAGACAAUAAGUAUAUAUCAAUGGACGAAGAUACUAAUCAAGUUAAAGAUGCAUACUUAUUUGAUACUAAACAUGAAAAUAUCGACGGUAUGACAAAUCCAGUAGAUUCAAGUGAAAUAGCAAAUAAAAUAAAAAACUUAGAAAAUGAUUUGAGUUUUUUUGAACCAAAUAAAUAUUGUGCGAAUCAUGUCGAGGAAUCUAGAAAGAAUUAUGAUAACUAUGCGCAUUAUUAUGAUCGUAAUGAAACACUACCAUUAGAUCCACCUGUUAGCGUCGAUUAUGUAAAUGUUAAUGAAUUUAAUGUAAACACUAUCAAUAUCGAUAAAAAUGGGGGUAAAUCAACUACGAACAAGGAAAAUAUUAACAUAAAUCUUGGAAUUGUUGAUUCCGAACUGAACCAUGUAAAAAAUGCUAAUAAUGUAGUUGAAAAUAUCUUGGAAUCGAAUUUAAAUGUAAAUAAUCUUAAUUCUAAUAUCAGAUCUGUGAAGGAAGAUUUAAAUAAGCUUAGUAGCAUGAAUUUAAAAAAAACUACUGUUUCCAUAGAAGAUGAAUAUUUAGAUCAUUUAGGUGCAAUGCCAACUGCUAAUGUUGAUUAUACUAAUAAUUUAGAUCUUUUAAAUCAACGAAAAAACAUAAAAGGUAAAAAUGUAACUAAUAGCAAAGCAAAUGAAUAUACUACUUUUUCGAAGACUCAGGUCAAACUACAAUCAGCUAAUUUACAUUCUGUAGCUAAUAAUUUAACUAAGUCAAAAUUGGUUGAAAGUGUGCCAGAAUCAAUAAUUAGCGAUGGCAAAGUUCGAACACAUUCUAAUAAAAUAAAAUCCAUGUUUUAUCAAAUGAAAUCGAAUAUGUUUAAAGAUAAACUCAAAAACCUUACGAUUUAUCAGAUAAUAUUAUCGUAUAAAAAUAGUUUAGUUAAUAAAGUGGUACAAAGCUAUUUAAACUUUGAAACAAAAAUUCUUUUGAUGCUCGCAGGAAUAAUAUUAGAUAAGUUUCAAUGUAAAUAUCAGGCGAAUGAUUUAUACGACCUUGCUUAUGGACUGAGAGAAUUUUCUGAUACAAUAAGGGCAAAUAAAGUUUUUGAUAUAUCAUGCAAAACUAUUGAAACAUAUCCUGGUAUUGAAGACUACUAUCUUGAUUCUGCGAAGGAAAUGAUUGAAAACAUGAUUAUCACAAGAAAAGUUCCAUCCUGUGAGCUAAGAGUAAACAAGAUUAUUUUAGAUGCUAAAAAAGAAAAAGAUAAAUUACCUGAAGAUAUCAACAAAUGCCCUAACUGUGGAAUAAAAAAUAUAACUAUAAAUCCUAAAGUUCCACUUGAGCAUGUUGAUAUUAGAAAGGAUCUUUCUUUAAACAUUAAUAAAAAUAAUUCUGAAAAAUCUUCUAAUCAGGAAAAAAAGGUUGCAGAUGAUUUAACAAAUGAGUCAAAAUGUUUUUCAGAAAAUAAUUGCAACUCCAGUUUAUCUGAUUCUUCAUACCCGAAAAAUACAGAGCGAAUUGUUAAACCUAAUGUUCCUCCACCACCAACAUAUAAUGAUCUUUACAGAAUCCCCUCGAAUCCAAACCUUAAUUGUUUCCCUAAAAAUCAAAGAAUGCCACCGCCACCUCCUCCAUUUCCUGAUCCUAAAAACCCUACUAAACCUUUAAAUCAACAAACGGAAAACUUUCCAAAUAACAAAAAUUCUGAACUCAAUACUUCUACUCAUUCACAAGGACUCGCAUUCUACAAAAUGUUAUUGGUAAAAAACGCAGAUAGUUUAUCGGCCUCAAGAAAACAAUCAACAGAAUUUGUAUCAUCUCAACUUCAACAACCACCAGCUAAUAUUGAGGUUAAAAAUUUUGAACAACAUGGGCCUAAUAAUGUAACUUCACCAAUUCCCGAAAAAAAGCCUAAACUUGAACCUCGACAACAAAAAAUCGAUAAUGAUAUUACGCAAUAUCCAGAUUCAUUUAACAUUGAAAUUGAACCAGUGAUAAAAGCUGAUAAUGUGACCGAAAUUAAAGAAAAAAAAGAAAGAAUGCCGCCGCCACCACCACCUCCUCCUCCACCAUUCUUUGAUUUCAAUAACCAUACUAAACCCAUAGGCCAACAAUCAAACAAUAAUUCAAACAGCACAAGUACUACACUUAAUGAUUCUGCUCAUUCACAAGGAUUAUCAUACUACACUCUUCCUUUAGCUAAAACCGCAGGUAGUUUAUCGACAUCAAGAAAACAAUCAACAGAAUUUGUAUCGUCUCAACUUCAACAACCGCCAGCUAAUAUUGAGGUUAAAAAUUCUGAACGACUUUGCUCUAAUAAUGUAAAUUUAUUAAUCUCAGAAAAAAAACCUAAAUUCGAACCCCAACAAAAAAGAAAUGCUAAUGAUACUAUGCAAUAUCAAGAUUCAUUUAACAUUGAACUUGAAUUAGAUAAUGAAGCUAAAAACGUACCCGAAAUAGUUGAGCAAGAACAUAACUUUAAUACUUUUAUUGAAGUUAGUCAAGCUAAUCAAUAUCAAUUCAAUAAUGUAAAUCAGUCACUAGUCGAAUCUGAUAAUAAGUUAGAAAUGCAAGGUUCAUAUAAAAGCACUAACGCUUAUCCAGAUAUUGGCAUUAACAAACAAAAUCUUCUUGAAAGUGUUAAACAACCCUUAGUAGAACCCGAAAACAAACCAAAUAUUAAAUAUCCGCAACUAACUACAAGUGGAUUUAACAGUGUCAAUGCUGUUAAUCAAUACCCUUUAAAUUUGCCUACGCCUCCGCCCAUUCCAUCCGUUAGUGAAAAACAAGAAAAUAAUUACAGUGAUAUAUUGUCAUUUGAUAACUAUGCUGCCAAUUCUUAUUUGUCAAAUCCGAAUACAGAUUUUAUGAUGGAAAUCGAACCUGAUGUCUUAGAUGAAAUUUCUAACAUUAAGGUUGUGGAUAUUCUUUAA